AAUACUAUUUCUGACAUGUCUGCUCAAGGGAUACUGAACAGCGUUUUCUCCUGCUCUUCUCCUGCAUCCAAAACGAUCUCCAAAAGAAGAUUGCGCCAGACACGGAGCUUGGAUCCAGCUAUAAUAAGGAACUAUGGGAAUGAUGCAGAAGCAAUUUCAGAUGUGUAUGAAAACACGCGAAUGUCCUGCAUGGGUCUAAGAGAAACAGGCAGCAUCUCAAGCCACUUAACCCCACAGAGUUCAGCCGAAUGCCUUGCAACAUCCAAGGUGGGAUUGCGCUGCAAAUCGCUGAAGUUAAAAAAGCCUCUCUCCUCUUUCUCCAGCCCAUGCACUCCCACAGAAACCUCGCCGUCCUCACAUUUUCACUUUGAUUAUGACAUAAAAGGCGUGAAGAGGAAUACUGCAUGGGAUGUACCAUUCCUGGCAAGAAGUCCUGCUCUUACCCCACCUGGAAGCACCAGUACCAUCUUCUCUCCAAGAAAGUGGCUUCAGAAAAAGUUACAACAGUCAAGCUCACACUCAUACAUCGUAUGGAAGUCAGAGGGUGACUUUACCUGGAACAGCAUGUCAGGGCGAAGCGUGAGACUAAAGCCAGUGCCCAUUCAGAGUCUCUCCGAGCUGGAAAGAGUAAGACUACAGGAGGUGGCAUUCAAUCGUUUGCUGCAGGAGUAUGACCUGGGCUGCCAGAUAACUAUUCCCAGAGAUGGGCAAAAACGCAAGAAAUCAUUGAGGAGGAAGCUUGAUUCCUUAGCCAAAGAGAAAAAAGACAAAGAAUUUGUGCCUCAAGCUUUUGGCAUGCCGCUGUCCCAGGUGAUAACCAAUGACAGGACCCACAAACAAAAACAGGACUCCCAGAAAGAAGAACAGAAAGAAUCCCCCGAUCUGGUGACCUCCAUCUUACAGUUUGGAUUGAAAAGGCAAAACAAAGAACUCUCAAGCAGUAACUCAUCUCUCAGCUCCACAUCAGAAACGCCUAACGAGUCCACCUCGCCUAAUACACCUGAGGCAGCCCCUCGGACACGCAGACGGGGUGGAAUGUCUGUGGAUUCUAUCACAGACCUGGAUGACAAUCAGUCUCGACUGCUGGAAGCCCUGCAGCUUUCCCUGCCAACAGAGGCUCAGAACAAGAAGGAGAAGCAGCGGGACAAGAAGCUUAGCCUCAACCCCAUUUACAGACAGGUUCCCAGGCUAGUGGACAGCUGCUGUCAGUAUCUGGAAAAAUACGGUCUUCAGACGGUAGGAAUAUUCAGAGUAGGAAGUUCAAAGAAGAGAGUGAGACAGCUCCGAGCGGAGUUUGACAGCGGUGUGGAUGUGCUGCUUGAUGAGGAGCAGAGUGUUCAUGACAUCGCCGCCCUGCUGAAGGAAUUCCUGAGAGACAUUCCUGACCCUCUCCUCACCAGAGAGCUCUACACUGCCUUCAUCAACACUGUCUUGAUGGAAUUAGAUGAGCAGCAAAAUGCCUUGCAGCUACUCAUCUACCUUCUACCUCCCUGUAACUGUGACACUCUGCACAGACUCCUGAAGUUCCUGUCCACAGUAGCCAGUCACGCUGAAGACUCCUACGACAAGGAUGGCCAAGAGAUCACUGGGAACAAAAUGACAUCGCUGAAUUUGGCCACAAUAUUUGGCCCUAACCUCCUGCACAAGCAGAAAAGCACAGACAAAGAGUUCUCAGUGCAGAGCUCGGCUCGGGCCGAGGAGAGCACGGCCAUCAUUGGAGUCGUUCAGAGGAUGAUACAGACCUACGAGGCGCUUUUCAUGGUCCCCCCCGAUCUUCAAAAUGAGGUGCUAAUGAGCUUAUUGGAGACCGACCCAGAUGUAGUUGACUAUCUGCUGCGUAGAAAAGCUUCACAAUCAUCAAUCCCUGAUCUGAUGAGGUCAGACGGGCCUUUCACCCUGGGAGAGAGACACUCUUCCACAGACUCGAAAGCAUCGAGUGGAGAAGUGUCUCCCUAUGACAAUAACUCGCCAGUACUAUCAGAAAGACUACUGUUUCAGAAGCAGGAGGACAUCAGCCCCAGCUCGGAUAAACUCUUCAAGGUCCCUGAGCAGUACACGCUGGUUGGACAUUUAAAAUCCAAGUCGAAGGACCUGUCUCCGGGGUUGUGGGCUGGGAAAGAUAUUUCAGAUGACCAGACCGAUAUUUGGGGCGCCUGGCAUUCAACAUUGAAACCAGGUUUGAGAGAUCAAGGCAUGACAGGCUCCCCUGGGAACAUGUAUGAAUGCAGUUCGUCACAAGACGUUUCCUACCAUUCUCAAGGUAGUCUGACUUCUGAGUGGCUAGAAGGCCACGACUCCACUUCACUCCUCUUGGACAAUGGGAAGCAGCCAGUCAGGCGAACCCAAACCACAGCAGGAGUCCAGGAAUGCAGAUCUCACCCUCCAGUUACCAGGGCCUGCAGCAGCCCCCAGGUGGAGGAGAGCAGAAAGCACUUUCAACUGAGUUCAGACCAUUUGUACUCGAGACCCGAGGGACAUUCAGCUUCAAGCAGCGCCGAGGACAUUCCCCAGAGGAACCUCAACCCAGCCUGUUUGGUGCAGAGCAAACCCAAGCCAGGUUAUACCAAGCACUGGGACAGCAACAGGAAUGAAAACAGACCUCCACCACCUUACCCAGGCCCCUCGAGGCAAAGCUCAGAAGGUACGCAACAGCAGCAACAGCCCGUUUCCCCAGCACUGCAGGCUGUGAAAAGACUUCCCAAGUAUGAGAAAAGCCCUACAUUCAUCGAGGCCUCAGGCCUGAAGGUUGCAUCCACAGAGCAGCAUAGGCUUAAUGCGGAACAGGUGCCACCCGUUUCCAAGAACGAGGUAAACAAAGCCUACUGUAGUCAGACAGACAGCCAGAACAACAGGAACAUUGGGGAACAGGACUGGCAGGAGUGGCAGAGAGAGCGGUGGCAGAUCUGGGAGCUCUUGUCUGCUGACAAUGCAGAUUCACUGCCAGAAACUCUUGUAUGAACUCUGCUCAAGCUGUACAGUAUUAUUCUGUCACUUUAAUUAAGACACAUUAGGAAAAAUUCAAUCUAUGAAAACGUAUAUAUAAUAUAUCAUGUUAACCAUUUUCCACUUUACGAAUUUAAAACAUUGCCACUGUCUUUUUAAAACUUUUUGUUUUUUGUUGACGAAAAAUUAUUUCCUUUUCCAGUGUAUGGCAAAUUGUCGUCUCUCAAAUAAGCAAGAUACGUAUUAAAAAAACAAAAUAAAUUAAACACAUUUCUGAUUUCUUCCCAGGUUUUCAAGAAAUAUGCACAGGUAUACUGCGGCAUUUUAACAUGAUACUUUUCUUACGUCAGAUUCAGUUAUUGAUUUCUGUAACUACUAAAAUCUUUAAGUACAGGUGAUUCCCAACAUCCAGGUCAUUAGAAAUGGGCUGGAACUUCACCCUUUUCUUUUAAUCAAAGUAUGUAUUUUAUUUGCAUUAAAUCUCCCUAUUGUAUUGCAUUGUGAACUGUACUAUAUAUAAUAUCUGCUUAAUUGGAUGUUGACUGCUUGAAGGUACAUGUGUAAAGUGCAUAGAGCUAACAAAAUAAUUCCAGUAAAACUUACAUUAUAUUACUCUCAUUGUCACUUCAUAUGUCUCCCAUUUCCUGGAUAAAAGAUGGACACGUUAUGGUACAGGGGUAGCCAGGGCCAGCAUUGCAGCAAUCUAAAAAUUUUGCAAGGUUGCAGUCCUGUUUUUUCUGACCAGCUUUGAAUCAGCUGCACUUUAUUAGUGAAAACAAACAAAAAAAAUACAAUAAACUAAACAGCAUUUAAGGAAAGAAGCUUUCAAAAACCCUAAAAAAGUUGCAUUAAAUGUUAUUUAAUUUUUGCUUUUGCUGAAUCAUGUUGCAAAUUGAAUGUAGAUCUUUGGAUAAUAGCCUACUCUUCCUUUUAAUGUUACCUUACUUUUAUUUUCCCAAUGUACAGUAUACACAUUGCAGGAUAUGCCAACUGUCCACAGUCAUGUAUCAAAAACUUGCAUUUCCGGAAGGAGAAUCCACCCACUAAUCAACACAUCAUAUCCAAGCGCCAUAAAAACUCUGCAUGGCUUGCAUUCAUGUCGUUUUUUUUUGUUUGGCCUCUCAGUCACACGCGGCGAGGCCAAACAGGGAGACGGACGUUUUUAGAGCCUGGAGGAAGGGCUACCCUCAGCCAUGGAUUCCAUAAGGUUUCCUCCUACCAGCGAGUAGGGUUUUUUUCAUACCUGAGUGCCGAGCAGUUCGUAUUUAGUUUCUGCAGGGUGUGUGGCAGGCCGGAGAGGCCGGGUUCUCCCUCACAGCAUUUCAUGCACGGGGGGUGGGCCCGUGUUUCAGCUGCUUACUUUUCAUUCAUCCUUUUUCCUAUUUUUUGGGGGUAGGUAGCAUUGCGCCACUGCAGUUGUUGCAUUAACCGUUCAUCAUCUUCUUUUCCCAGUAAUGGUUUGGCGGCUUUGUCUUUCGGGGGAGGUGGCCCUACGAGCCACUUCCUAUCCGCAGCACUAGACUACAUGAUGUCAUCAUGUUUUCGCUAGCCGGCCAACAUUGCGGAUAGCUGUCAGCACCCACGGACAAGGUCUCCAGCCAAAUUCAUUAUCUUCAUUAAAUGCGUCUGUCCAGUUGCAAUUUAAAUCAUCUAUAUUGCGGAUUCUCUGUUUUGAAAUACUAAAUAAUGAUGAAUGGGAAGCAAAUGGAUUCAUAUAUAUUUUUAUGUAAGGUAUUGUUUUGAUUUUAUUGGCAUUAGCGUGUAAUAUUGAUUAAUGUUGAAUGUGGGAGUGGUCUCUUAUGAUCACAUGUUAGAUGAAAUUGUGUUUAUAUUAAAAAGGCAGCGUUUUAUAUUCAAACCAGUAAAUGAACAGUGGUAUAUUAACAUAUUAUCAGCGACCAUAUAUUACCAUAGACUUAUUAAAAUUAAACUAUUAAACUUUUAUGUUUUUGUUGCAUCGUUAACAGAUGUUGAAAUAACAACAAAGGUUUCGAAACCCUUCCCUGUGGUUUUGUUUUUGUUUUUUAACACUGACAUUUAUUAAUUGCUUCUGCCCACUCACAUCAGAAAGUGAUUACGUGCGAGCUGUGAUACAACCCUUCUUUUUAACAACGCCUUUACACUUUUAGGUUUUAGGUAAUUUAUUUCAACCCCUGCAGUUACAUGCACACUGGUGACUCGUGCGAGGGUUGUUCUCGGUACGAUUACAUGUCAGAUGAUUGUGUCAAAUGGUGUUUCGGCUUCGAGUCAAAUUUGAAACAAAUCUGACAUUCUUUCUUUUUUGUUUUAGUGUUGUUAAAAAUGUAGCCAAAUACAAACAUAAAGUCAGUGAUUAUUUUAUAAAUUGACCUAUGAGCUGUUUACCAGUUAUUUUAUACAUUUUACAAUAAUAUAUAAUACAGAAAGUUAUAAAUGUAUGUUUGUCCCAUUUAUAUAUAUAUAUAUAUAUAUAAUUAAAUAAAGCUAUUCUAACUAUAAACUGCUCAUAUCCAAUACGAUAUAUGUGUAAAAUAUUAAUAUACUGUAUGUUGCGGGUGCCUUCAAACUUUCUAGUUCUCUAAAUAAUGAUGAAUGGGAAGCAAAUUGGUUGAGAAGAAAAAACAGACAGAAAAGACACACAUGUGAAUGUAUGCCACUGUAGCUAAAGCGCUUGAAUUUGAUGAGUCCGUUCACACUUGUUCUACAAAAUUUUAAAAUAAAGUUAGGUUAUCAAUGGUUUUAGCUGUCUUCCUUAGUUUCAUGAAAAGCACAUUUACAGUAACUGUCCAUAUCUGGCAUAUCAAAUACCGUACUAAUACUCUCUAAUUUGGUUUCAGAUUAUAUAGAGUAGAAGAAAAACACAGUUACAGAUCAUAAUCCCAUUUAUAGACACCCAAAACAGGUUUAUAGAUGCAUGGAGAGUAGAUAGCUAGAUACAUUUAUAGAGUACUUUAACUGAUAUAAUAAAAAAUAAAAAAACCUGAGAUGUCUUAAAUGUAAUUACAUUUAUUUGUACAAGUUUAAAGGUACCUUGACAUAUUUUCAAAUAUCUGGAACAAUUUAUAUUUUAUUUUAAAGUGGUUUCAGGUUAUUUAGAGAUAUACAGAUAUUUUUAGAUGCUAUUGGACAAUUGUUUUUGUCAUACAUAUAAAAAUGGGAAAAUGUAAUGUACAGGAAUUUAAGAAUUCCUGUACACAUAAGCUACGGAAAAUGUAUAAAUAGCCACGCAAGGAGUAAUGUUGACUGUAUUUAUAUGUAUGCAUUUUUUAUUGUAUACGGUAUUCUGUAAUAGGUUUUGUUUGAUGCUGCAUUAAGUUUUCACCGUCAGAAAAAAAAAGAACAAUUUUGACUGCUUCAAUAAUAUUGCACUUAUAUGUGUUGCCUUGGUAACAAACCAGAGUCUGUGCACAAGCUGGUUUAUGUGCUUUUAAUUUUUUUUUUUUUUUUAAUGAAAUAAAGCCACUUUUUAAAAAAAAAUUUUUUAGAAAGUUUGAUCAAUUGGGAUGUUUAAGCAGAAAAGCUCUUUAAAUCUACCAACAUGUUUAACAAUUAAUGAACGGCUUCAUAAAUUCAGACAACGAAGCGUGCCAAUCAGUAGCAAUUAUUACAUGUAUUCCUUUUUUUGUACUUUUACUGAAGGAUUUUGUGGAUAAUUCAUUUAAAUACAUUUUGUACCCUGCAAUCAAGCUUAAGUAUUUAAAUGGUCCGACGCCUAUGAAAAGAUCUAAUGUAGAUGUACAGAAGUGACAAACAUUUACUCAGCAAUAGUUCCAUACUAUGCUGCUGAGUUAAAUGGGAGCUUACUGGUAAGGCUCUGAUCCAUCUACCUACAAAUUUAAAAAUGUAUUUACUCAUUGGUUUCUUUUUGCAAAAAUAACAAACUGGAAUGUACAUGACAUGCAAAACAUUAGUUCUUAAUAUGUGUUUUCUUCAAUCAAGAGAAAUCAAUGCUUUAUUCAGCAUAAUAAAUCCCCCAUUCAUGUACAACCAUAUUUUAAAUAUGUAGUAUAUCUGCUACUGUGUCAUAUUUGUGGUCCGUUAAAAAAAUAAGUGCCAAAGCCUUGUAUCUAGGUAAAUGUCUGGUACAUAUAAUAUUCUAAUUAAGUUGCUUAUGUUACAUUGGGAUGUUCAGGCUUCAGUACUUUGUCAUAUAUUUCAGUAUUAGGGGGACAUAUACCGGUAUAUAUAUAUUCUGAAAAGAGUACCUGUCAUCUGUAUUGUCCAAAAUCCUCUGACGUUUGUUAUUUUUAUGUCAUGUUAUGUCUUACUUAUGCCAUGAUGGAAUAAAAAUAAAAAUAAAAAUGUUA